GAAGCGACCAGUGUGGAUACAGGACAUCACCUCGUGGGCUUUUCCACCUCUAUUCUGCAGCCUUUUUAGAGUUUAAAAAUGAUUCCAGCUCUUUUCAUUAGGAGGAAACCCUCUGAAAUUGAGCUCAAAUGAAGUGACUUUUGCCUGAAUUUCUUGUUAUGACAGCUGACUGGUUUGUGUCUACUUGAGGACUGAUCAUGAGAAGUUUGCUGCUCCUCACGUUUUUUCUCUGGAUGUGUCCACUCAAGGUUGUUGCACGAAAUCCAAGUUGCAACUUCUUGCUGGAGGUGGAGAAAGAUGAGCUUGACUGUGUGAGGAGGCUGAAGGAGGACGAGGCUGCUGGCAAUGCUGAAGAGCCGGGAUGCAAAGGACACUGGGACAAAAUAACCUGCUGGGACCGAGCUGAAUUUGGAGAAACUGUCACUAUCCCUUGUCCUCGAGCCCUCAAGAUUCUAUUCGGCAGAAAUGGUAACAUCAGCAGGAACUGCACAGUUGCCGGCUGGUCGGAUGUUUUCCCAAACAUAACCAGCGUCUGUGGGAUUGACACAAGCCAGGAGAAGCUGGGCUUCUACGUUGUUGUUCAGACAUUGUACACACUGGGCCACAGUUUGUCUCUGAUCGCCCUGACCACAGGGAGCGCCAUCCUCUGUCUGUUCCGGAGGCUCCACUGCACCAGGAACUACAUCCAUCUCAACCUCUUCAUCUCCUUCAUCCUGAGAGCUGUGGCCGUGCUGGUCAAAGAUGCCAUCCUCUUCAAUCGAAGCUCGCAGUGCUCCAACCAGCCGUCUCUGGUGGGAUGCAAAGCCAGCUUGGUGUUUUUCCAUUACUUCAUCAUGGCCAACUUCUUCUGGCUACUGGUGGAAGGCCUUUACCUUCACACUCUGCUGGUCAUCAUCUUCUCUGACAACCAGCACUUCAUCAUUUACAUGUUUAUCGGCUGGGGAAUCCCUACUGUGUUUGUCUCUGUAUGGAUAAUGACAAGAACUUACCUGGAAGACACAGGGUGCUGGGAAAGGAAUGAAAACCCCAUUCCCAACUGGGUGAUAAAUGGCCCAAUAGUGUUCUCCAUUUUGGUUAACUUCAUCCAGUUCAUCAACAUCAUUCGGAUAUUGAUCCAAAAGCUCAGAUGUCCUGACAUAGGCGGCAAUGACCAAUCACAGUACAGACGGCUGGCUAAAUCCACCCUCCUUCUCAUUCCUCUGUUUGGGAUUCACUACGUGGUGUUUGUGUCUCCCAACCAGUCCAUCACAGAAGAUUAUAAGAUAUUUUUUGACCUAGCUCUCGGCUCCUUCCAGGGUCUGGUGGUGGCCAUCUUAUACUGUUUCCUGAAUAGUGAGGUUCAGGGGGAGCUAAGGCGGAAAUGGAGAAGCAUGUGUCUAAACUGCCACCUAAGCAGAGCUAAUCACUUCAACAACAACUUCUCCACCAACUUGGGUUCAGAGCAGAUGAUGCAGUUCCAGCGCACCACCAGAGCACAGUCACUCCUGCAGUCUGAGACAACAGUGCUGUGAGAACAUGAGAGCUACGACUGAUGCAAAAACAAACAGAUAAUAGAAAGAAUGCAGUCUGCAGGUUGACCUGGGUCAAUUUGGUUUUCCAAAUUAAAAUAUACGUGGCCUGAAAAGAAACAUGACAUGGGAGCGAACUGCAUUUUUUAUUAGAAAAUGUGGAUUUUAGCUUCAGA